AUGCUGCGUCCCGAAGACGCCUCCCGGCCAGGCCGACCAUUUCGAAACGAAGAAGGUGAUCGAGCUCGGGCAACCAGCGAGGACACUAGGUUGAAUGUAGAAAGAGGAGGUGUCGCCUUAAACUUGGAUGACUCUCUUCCUCGGGCCGAUGGAAAGCCAAUUGCCCAGAUCACUACGAGUCACGAGCCACUUCUGUUGUCGCUGGAGGACACAACCGAGCUAUUCAGGAGGAAAGUCGCCGAUGCCAGACAAGACACAGAACAUGCCCUCGCUGGGAAUGAGGCGGUCAGUGAGGCUGUCAAGCCCAAGCUCACCUUGGAUCUGGGCCACUCCAACAUCGCCAGAUUACCAGAAAGCGUGGUCGAUCUAAUCAAGGCCGAGGUGGAAAGGCUUUCUUUGUCGCACAACCAGAUCUGGCACAUACCUCUGCGAUUCUCCGAAUGCUCGCACCUGAGAUACCUCAAUAUACGAUCCAACGUCUUUAGGGAGAUUCCGCGCGGAGUAUACAAGCUCAAUCAGUUGGAGAUUCUGGACAUUAGUCGGAACAAGGUCCGCAAAAUACCCGGCGACAUUAAGAAUCUCAAGUCCUUGAGGGUCUUCUCGAUAGUACACAACCGGGUGGAGGAUUUGCCGACCGAGCUGUGCGAAAUGACCAAACUCCAGAUAUUGAAGAUCGCCGAAAAUCCUUUGCGCUUCAAGUUGAAGAAGAUUGUGGAAGCGAAGGAAUCCGAAGUAUCAUUCUCGGAAAUGACAGACCACGAGAGGGAGACAGCCAUCACGCGCGAGAUCAAACGUUAUCUCCGAGAAGCGCACCCGGUCAUCACACCCAUUGAUGUCGAGGCGUCUUUGCAGGUCGAUGAGAGCCCGAUGGAGAUGACACCAAGACCUCUCAAACGAUCUCUGAGCAGCAGAUUUCCCGUCAUACCGAGCACUAACAGUGUAGAGCCUGCAUCCGAAGGGAACAAGUCAUCGCCUAUCCAGGGGAUUGCCAAUCCACCGCCUGUACCCACUCGAUCGCACUUUCGCAUGGCGUCUGGUGCACAAAACAUGGCGCUUCGACGGCCGGGCAUAGGACCUUUGAUCAGUCAGAAUAACGAGAGAAACCGAAGCAACAGCGAGAGCGUCUUGCAGGCAUCUGCCGCCGCUCGACAGAAAAGGAUGGGCAUGCUCCGAAAGGAGAAACCUGAUUUGGACAGUAUUGAUGAACUCAAGGUCAACCGGAACAGUCACCUCCGCGGCUUCAGUCACGGCUCCGUUCUGAAAAAGAACGGUGCAUUGUCUUCACCGGGUGGGACUGGCUCGUCGAGUCCCAGCAGUCCCCGCGAUCCUAGAAGACAUAGGCUCGCCUUUGUGAAACGGCUGUCGAGUCUGCCUGAGCACAAGGUCGAGGCUGAAUGGAACAACCCCGUCAUCGAAGGUGCCAAAGGCAUCCUGUAUGCCCUGUACCAGAUCCACCCACAAAUCUCCGGUCUUAUUGCCGCCAUCCGAGGGAAGGAUGUACGGAGAAGCACGCUGGAGUUCACCUUUUUCAAUGCUUCGACCCAUGUCGACCGACUCAACGAAGCUCUGGAACAAGCUGACAUAGUGGACACUGCAGAUCCAGAUGCAGUUGCAAAGUCUGAGGACACGGUUCGCAGAGACUGUACGACUUGUAUCAUGGCCUAUGCCCACGUAACCGCACAGCUGCAAGAUAACGUCAAGAAAAUUGUUGCCGGGACUGAUGCUCGCUACGUCCGGACACUCAUGCUUUUACUCUACGGGAGCAUGAUUGAAGUCAGAAACGCGAUUGAGACCUUCGGGGCAGAUGUCAGAGUCACACAAGGUUUCGGUCACAGAAGACAGAUGUCAAGUGGGAACGCGCAUCCCAUCCAGACAAUCCCCGAAGAGUAUUCUACUCCUUCGCAGCCGGUGAGAUCUUCUGUGAUUCUGUCUCGAGACAGACAUUUGGCUUCGAGACAAGCUGGGAGAUUGCGGAGUGACACGGCCAUUCAACAUCCAGUGGUUGACAACCACCCGGCUUACCAGCCGCAUCUUGUGCAACCUGCCCUUCCGACGCCGAUUCACUUGACUGGGACUACUCUGCACGGAGGAGCUCUCACCGGCACGUCUUCGACCUUUUCCAACAGUGGCACCCUGAACUCGGCCUCGAGUUCUGGAUUGAGAUCACGAUCGAAUUCGCGGACCGCAGGCAUGAUCAACGGACUGGAUUCGUCUUCGGUGGCGAGCACUCCUCGGUCGGCCGAAGUAUUCAGUCUAUCGCCUGCAAAUUCCUAUAUCCCCCGGGUCAACCCGUCUACAGGUCUGACUGACCCGCAAGAAGAAGCUAUUUUCGAACAGAUUUUUCUCGCUCUGACGAGGGCGUAUGAUGCCGCUUUACAUACUAUCCCAAUCGCCAAAGCACAGUUCCUGCGGUGUCUCGAGGCAGCCGAGGAGAAUCGGCAGCCCAAGGCGGUGCACGAUCUCUGGUCGACGCUUGUCUAUCGCUGCAAAUUGUGCAUCGACGUCAGCGAAGCCCUACAGAUUAGACUGGUCAACAUGCGUCUCAAGGAUCCCAGUUCUUGUGCGGUUGCUACGGGCAGUGGCCGGAAUGAUCCUUCGCUCUGGCUGUUGUGCAAGAACUUCCUCAUGAGCUUCAUCGAACUUUUGACGGAGAUGCGAAUCGCCAAGUCAUUGCGACUCCUGUCCCAGGAGCUGAUCACCAUGCUCAGGCCCGUGCAGAAAGCCAGUCGCGAGGCAGGGCGCAUGAUAGAGACAAGCCCCUGGAGGUAUUUGACAGACAGUGCGGCUGCCGCAAUGCCGCCACCCAGUGUCUUCGGCGCAUCGAACUCGAAUCAACCACCAAGCGGGGUGGUGAACGGCAAUGGAUAUAAUGGCGUCAACGGAACCAACAUCGGUAACAUCCCGGUCUACCCGCACAAUUCGGCAGCCUCCACGAUCUCGAACUACCCCCUACAGAGCCCCUUUCCGCCACCGCUUGUCCCUGUGCCACCAGUGCCCGGGCCGGCUAAUGGGAACGCCCUUAACACCGCGACAAAAAUGUUCAACGGCAUGGUUAUCUCCUCUGCGUCGUCCACAACGGUUACCAAUGGUGCAGCUGUGAAUGGGGUCAGCCCCGUCUCCGUUCCCCUCCCAGCAACACCACUUUCCGCGGCACUUGGCCCGGCUGCUCAGGCUACCCUACCUACCACCAACGCAGCGGGAGGAAGUUCAUCAGCCCAGCCUACGCCAACUACUGCAUCCUUCUUUUCCUCCGCACUGCCCACACCCACGACAGCGACAAUGAUCCCAAGUACGCCAGCCUCGGCGUACGGAGAUAGUUUCUUCAAAGGAGACGUCUUCCAACGCGCGGAUAGUCUGCUGAGCAUGCAAAGUCAAGUGGGGCUGGGUGGGUUCAUGAGAAGGGGUUAA